GGCCGCAUCACUUUUGGUGGCUGACUUUUGGGGACCAGAUAUACAAUGUUCAGGUUCGGUCGCAAUCGCGCAUUGGCUUCGGCCUUUGCUGCCCCUAAGCUUUCCCCCUCAGUCAGACUCCCCGGCAUUUCCCAACAAAGGAGAGCGCUGAGCAUCCACGAGUACCUUUCAGCCGACCUCCUUCGCCAGUAUGGGAUUGAUGUCCCCAAGGGCUCCGUCGCGAAAACGGCUGCCGAGGCCGAGACGGUUGCGAAGCAGAUCGGUACCGACGACAUGGUCAUCAAGGCCCAAGUCCUUGCUGGCGGCCGUGGCAAAGGGACCUUCGACAACGGCCUCAAGGGCGGCGUGCGUGUUAUCUACUCGCCAACCGAGGCCAAGAUGUUCGCCGAACAGAUGAUUGGUCACAAGCUCAUCACCAAGCAGACGGGCGCCGGCGGCCGUCUGUGCAACGCCGUCUACAUCUGCGAGCGCAAGUUUGCCCGCCGCGAAUUUUACCUCGCCGUGCUCAUGGACCGCGCAUCCCAGAGCCCCGUCAUCGUCUCGUCGUCGCAGGGCGGCAUGGACAUUGAGGGCGUGGCCAAGGAGAACCCGGACGCCAUCACGACCACCUACAUCGACAUCAACGUCGGCGUGACGGACGAGAUUGCCCGUGGCAUCGCUACUAAGCUCGGCUUCAGCGAGCAGUGCGUUGAGGACGCCAAGGACACCAUCCAGAAGCUGUACAAGAUCUUCCUCGAGAAGGACGCGACGCAGAUCGAGAUCAACCCUCUGUCUGAGACGUCGGACCACAAAGUCAUGUGCAUGGACGCCAAGUUCGGCUUCGACGACAACGCCGAGUUCCGGCAGAAGGAGGUGUUCUCGUGGCGCGACACGACGCAGGAAGAUCCCGAAGAGGUGCGGGCCGCUGAGGCCGGGCUCAACUUCAUCAAGCUGGACGGCGACAUUGGGUGCCUGGUCAACGGCGCCGGGCUGGCCAUGGCGACCAUGGACAUCAUCAAGCUCAACGGGGGCCAGCCGGCCAACUUCCUCGACGUGGGCGGCGGCGCGACGCCCGCGGCCAUCAAGGAGGCGUUUGAGCUCAUCACGAGCGACCCCAAGGUGACGGCCAUCUUUGUCAACAUCUUUGGCGGCAUCGUGCGCUGCGACGCCAUCGCCCACGGCCUCAUCAACACGGUCAAGACGCUCAACCUCAAGAUCCCCAUCAUUGCUCGCCUGCAGGGCACAAACAUGGAGCAGGCCCACCAGCUCAUCAACGACUCGGGCAUGAAGAUCUUUUCGAUUGACGACCUGCAGAGCGCCGCCGAAAAGGCCGUCCAGCUCUCCAAGGUGGUCAAGAUGGCUCGUGACAUUGACGUUGGCGUUGAGUUUACCCUGGGCAUCUAAACGCUCGGUCCGCUUGGGUUUGCUCUCUUACUCUGUAUGGUGGUAUCAUAAUAGACUGGUGGCAGGAGGCAAGGAUGGUGGCUUGAUCAUUUCCUCUUUUGUUUUACUGUCGCUGCUUGUGUACAUUCCCAAAACCAAUUAUCCUGUGCAAUGUGUAGGCUGAUCUGGCUUUGUGUGGGGAUGUACGGGGGAACACUAGACUUGACACCUGGGCAAUGGCCACUUUCGAUCUUGUUGUUUUGUCUCAUUAAGCUAGAAGUUGGUAGAUGCCAUGUGCGGGUGAUUCAUGUUCAUACGACAAGGGGGCAUAGCUGUACUCGGUGGUCUGGUUGCGCUCACUUCUCUCGGUGUGCCUUUUCCGCUUUACUUGGCUAGCUAACAUGCUGCAUAUGCCUCUUGCUGACCAGAGGAUGGAUUAGGUGCUUGGUUGUAGUACAUAGCAGGGUCUAGAUCGUGUAAGACUCAGCCAAGAGUUUUGGGGUGAUGCGGGG